CGUCUGUUCAUUCAAAGAUUAACGUCGGAAAAUUAGUAGCAAUACAAUUUUAAAAUAUGCCUGGAUAUGACUACGGGGACUACGAGGAGAAUGUGGACAUCCCGUACAGGCGUGUGUUGGUGACGGGGGCCACGGGGCUGCUUGGCCGUGCGGUCUAUAAGGAGUUCAAGGAAAAUGCCUGGUACACACUGGGCUGUGGCUACAGCAGGGCCAGGCCUCGCUUCCUCAGAUGCAACCUAAUGGAUGAGGAUGCUGUCCGUAACGUCAUUCACGAGUUCCAGCCCCAUGUGAUCAUUCACUGUGCUGCAGAGAGGAGGCCGGAUGUGGUGGAGCGCCACACGGAGGCAGCGAUGAACCUGAAUGUUCAUGCCUGUGCGAAUCUGGCAAAAGAGGCCAGUGCAGCUGGGAUUUUCCUCAUCUAUAUCAGCACGGAUUAUGUGUUCGACGGACGCAAUCCCCCCUAUGGAGAAAACGAUGCCCCCAAUCCCCUGAACUUGUAUGGCAAAUCAAAACUGGAGGGAGAGAGGGAAGUCCUGAGACACUGCGCAAGUGCGGCGAUACUGCGGGUGCCCAUUCUGUACGGGGAAGUGGAACGGGUGGAUGAGAGUGCAGUCACUGUGUUGUGGGAUCGUAUUCAGGAAGGAGCGGAAAGCUGUACAAUAGACCACUGUCAACAGCGUUUCCCCACCUACACCAGUGACGUGGCACGGGUAUGCAGGCUCAUGGCAGAGAGGAGGCUUCAGGACCCAUCUCUGCGUGGAAUAUUUCAUUAUUCUGGAAAAGAGCAGAUGACCAAAUAUGAAAUUGCCUGUGCAAUUGCGGAUGCGUUUAACCUGCCAAGCAGUCAUCUAAUACCGCUGACGGAGCAACCUGCAGGAACAGGUGCUCUAAGACCCCAGAACGCACAGCUGGAGUGUUCCAGGUUGGAGCUGUUGGGCCUGAGCGUGGAGCCCACGCCGUUUAAGACAGCUGUGAGGGACAGCCUGUGGCCCUUCCAACACGACAAACGCUGGAGGCAAACCGUCUUUCACUGAGGAUCCUGAGCCAGCCACCACAUUCCGCACCAACAAAAUCCACUGCACUGUACUGCUCCGCUGAUAAAAUUCUUCAUUUAUCAAAUCUCAUUAAGUGAUUAAUUUAUUGUGUCCAGAGACAUUUUCAGUCCCAGUUUUUUAUGGUUGCUUGUGUUCAACUUAGAUAACGAUUUUUGUUCCCAAAGCUAAACGACACAUUUUUGCUUCAGACAUUUAAACUAAGCAGCCGUCACUUAUCCUGAAUGCACCCACUAUAUAAAAGUAGAGGUUGAAAUUGUGGCCUAAUGGUCUAAUAAAAAGCACUAUGUCAGAGGGUCCUUCUUAAUUGUUUGAAAAAAAAAUAAUAAAAUGGCCAUUGUAAGUUAUUAAUGUUUUUUGGAACCGGCUCCUCAUUUAACAUUUCAGAUGUGUUAAUGCAUUAGCUACAUGCUGUGUCUCAUUUAACAAUACCCAACCUCUGAUGAAUUUUAAUCAGAACCUGCUGCAUGGCUUGUCACUUCUUUUUCGGUCUUUUUGCUUGUUUCAGGUUUAUCUGUGUUUGUCAUAUACUUUUAAAACAGAAGCAGCAUCUUUAGUUAAAAACGCUGUCCAACAUGUGUGAGGCUGGGAUUCAUUGAGAUGUGCUGUGAGACAUUUUUUUUUUCUUUUUCUGUUGUCUGUUGAAUGCAACAAAUUAUUAAAAGCUGA